AUGUCUUUGUCCUGUGCGGAGAGUGAUGUUCGUAUCUUGCAAUUAUUCGAGCUGUUAGGCCCCGAGGGCUUUGAACUCAUAGAGAAACUCCUACAGAAUAGGUCUAUUAUUGUGGAGAGAUCUCUGUCCUGGCCAAAUGAUUACAAGCUGCAGUCUCUACAAGAACGGUGUAAAAAGCUUGCAGGUGACAACACUAAACCCAAUUAUGGUUGUCAAGUCACAAUUCAGUCUGAACAAGAAAAGCUGUUAAUGAAACAAUAUCGUCGGGAAGAAAAACGAAUUGCCAGACGAGAAAAACGAGCUGGUGAAGAUGGAGAAAGUUUUGGAGAAGGAUUAAUAUGCUUUGAUCCCAAGGAGCUGCGGAUGCAAAGAGAACAAUCCCUUCUGAAUGCUCGAAGUGUGCCGGUCCUAGGCAGGCAGAGAGAGAUGGACUUUGAAAAAAUUCAUUACCCACAUGUUUAUGAUUCCCAGGCUGAAGCUAUGAGAACAUCAGCAUUCAUUGGAGGUGCAAAGAUGCUUCUACCGGAGGCGAUCCAGAGAGAAAACAACAAAAUGUAUGAAGAAGUAAAGAUCCCUCAUAGUGAACCAAUGCCUAUUGGCAUUGAGGAAAAAAUAGUUUAUAUCAAAGACUUAGAUGAGAUCGGGCAACUUGUAUUUAAAGGCAUGAAAAAACUAAACCGAAUCCAAUCAAUAGUUUUUGAGACUGCCUACAAUACAAAUGAAAACAUGCUGAUCUGUGCACCAACUGGAGCUGGGAAAACUAACAUUGCCAUGCUAACUGUCCUGCAUGAAAUUCGCCAGCAUGUUCAGCAAGGAGUUAUCAAAAAGGAUGAGUUUAAGAUUGUGUAUGUUGCUCCUAUGAAGGCUUUGGCAGCUGAAAUGACAAAUUACUUUAGCAAGCGUCUGGAGCCACUAGGCAUCACUGUGAAAGAGCUGACCGGUGAUAUGCAGUUGUCAAAAGGUGAAAUUCUUCGAACACAGAUGCUCGUGACCACUCCAGAGAAAUGGGAUGUAGUGACAAGAAAGAGUGUUGGGGAUGUAGCACUCUCUCAGCUUGUAAAGCUUCUGAUUCUUGAUGAAGUACAUCUCUUGCAUGAAGACAGAGGACCAGUGCUAGAGAGUUUAGUGGCACGAACCUUACGUCAGAUAAUUCUUGAUUUUUGGAAAAAUGCUGUAAGUGGAGAAUAGUGAGGUCAGAGUAUUUUAAGCCCUUGGAGUCAGCAGUGGCAGAAUUAAACUCAUUUAUAAAAUUACUCAACCAGGUGGUUGCCUAGUAACAAAUGCAUUCUGUUCUGAAUACUUAAGGGGCAUAGAUUUUUAAUCUGAAUCCUACAUAAGACUGAUCUUUUAAACAAAGUUUUUAUAGUAAUAUGCUUUUGAUUUUGUAGUUGUUAACAUUUUCUUUUUGCUCUCCCAUUUACGUUUAUUAAAGACAAGAAAUUAUAUACAUAGAAUGAUUCAUUGUAAUGUUACUAAUCUUUAAUGGAACCAUAAUCUGUAUUAUUUCUUAUUGUUUAGUAAUGGUGAAAAGGAAACUGUUGCUAAAAAAAUGGAAGGUUUGAACUGAAACUCCUAACUCCUUCGAUGUACGGCUUGGAGUGUUUUGUUAAAAAUCACUCCUAAAAGAUUUUCAUGAUUCAACAGUUGUUUCUUUUAAAAGUUUUCAUUAUAAACCUACUGUUGAUCUCCUCUCCACCCAGCUUCAAAACCAAAGAAAAACAAAGCAACUAACAAAAAAAA